CAGAGCCCUCGGCUGUUCCCGACAACAUUUCCUAAGCAAGGGGCGGGGUUCCCUGCCAGGACAAAUAAGUGCUGGCCUUCGGGCAAAGCCAGCACUCCGGGCGGGCGCCUCCGGAACCUCCCAGUGCCUCCUCGGCUUUACCAGCAGGGUUGAGAGCGGCGAGGAUGUCAACUCUCCUGGCGCUGGCGCUGGUGGUAGCGGGGCUCUGCCCUGCUGUCCUCUGCCACCCCGCGGGCACAGCUGGCCAGGAGACCCGGGGCCAGGAGCUCUCGGAGGAUGGGCGGCGGCUUGCAGGGCUCGUCUCCAGCAACGCCCACUUCGCCUGCAGCCUGUACAAGCAGCUCGCUUCGACGAUGCCCCACAAGAACCUCAUCUUCUCCCCGCUGAGCCUCUCCACGGCCCUGGCCUUCCUGUCCCUGGGAGCCCGCAACUCCACGCUCACCGAGCUGCUUGAAGGCCUCAAGUUCAACCUCACCGAGACGCCGGAGAUGGAAAUCCACUGGGGCUUCCAGCAGCUCCUGAGCGCCCUCCGCCAGCCGCGCGCGCAGCUGCAGCUGAGCCUGGGCAACGCACUGUUCGUCCGCGAGUCGCUGGAGAUGCUGGCGACCUUUGCCGAGGGCGCGGAGAAGCUGUACGGCUCGGCCGCCAUCGCCACCGACUUCCAGGACCCCGCCGCCGCCGAGAGACUCAUCAACAGCUACGUGGAGAAGGAAACCCAGGGCAAAAUCGUGGACCUCAUCCAGGGCCUCGACCCGCAGACCGCGAUGGUCCUGGUGAAUUACAUCUUCUUCAAAGCCAAGUGGGAGAAGCCCUUUGACCCCCGCGAUACCAUCAAGUCCAGGUUCCAGCUGGAAAAGGGCAAAUGGGUGCCGGUUCCCAUGAUGACCAUGGAGGACUUUGCCACACCCUACUUCCGGGACCAGGAGCUGUCCUGCACCGUGGUGCAACUCAACUACCUGGGCAAUGCCAGCGCGUUCUUCAUCCUCCCCGACGAGGGCAAAAUGGAGGAGGUGGAAGCCAAGCUGUCCCCGGAGACCCUGAGCAGGUGGAGAAGCUCAGUGCAGGCGAAGUGGAUUGACGAGCUGCACCUGCCCAAGUUCUCCAUCUCCAGCGACUUGAACCUGAAAGACCUCCUUUCCGAGCUGGGCAUCAGAGAAGUCUUCACCACGCACGCCGACCUGUCCGGGGUCAUGGGGGUCAAGAACCUGGCGGUCUCCCAGGUGGUCCACAAGGCUGUGCUGGACGUAGCCGAGAAGGGCACUGAAGCGGCGGCCGCCACCGGCGUCAAAAUUUCACUCUUGUCCGGGAAACUGGGCCCAGUGACCGCGGUGCAUUUUAACAGGCCUUUCCUGACGGUCAUCACCCCCAGCAACACAGCGAGCGUCCUCUUUCUGAGCAAAGUCGUCGACCCCACACAAGCCUAGGGCUCCUGCUGGACGUCGGGGGGCUUGGGCCCUCGGUGCGGCCGGACCUCCGAGCCCUGCGCCUCCGUGGGAAGGGGACAGUGACCGCCAGCGUGGCGCCCAGCGCCCAGGGAGCCCGUGCACUGCAGUGUCCUGAGAGCAGUAAACUCUCCCUGGAUGGACACGUCCCUGUGCCUUCGCACACGGACGGCCCUGCUGCUGCUGUGCCCUGACACCCACCCUGCCUGCCCCCCAGGCGUCAGCCGCCUGGCCAGGCUCACUGGACCCCAGCCCCAGGCCUGGGCAGGGGCCCAUCUGUCCCCAGGCUCGUUCCUGCCCUGGAGCUACCUGGUCCCCUGCCACAGUUUCACACUUCCCCUCCCCCAGAGCCCCUGCUCUGCCACCUGCUAGCCCUGACCCUGUGACACGGCUCCUGCCCCCUGGCAUCCCGUAUCCACCCGGUUCGAGUCCCGGCUGCUCUGCUUCCGAUUCAGCUCCCUGCUUAUGCCCCUGGGAAAGCAGCAGAAGGUCACCAAGUGCUUGGGCCCCUGCACCCACGUGGGAGACCUGGAUGGAGUUCCGGGCUCUUGGCUUUGGUGGGGCCCAGCCCCAGCCCUGACAGCCAUCUGGGGAGCGAACCAGAGGAUGGAAGACCUCUCUGUCUCCUCCCCCUACCCGAUCUGUGUCAGUAUGCCUUUCCAAUAAAUAAGUCAAUGUCUAAACAGAAAAGGAAAA